AUGACCAAUGCCACCAUGGUAACUGAAUUUCUCCUCCUGAGCUCUCCUGAUGGCUGGGAUCUGAGUUUCCUCUAUUUCACAGUAUUCCCAAUGACCUACCUGGGUACCUUGUUAGGCAACCUUCUCAUCAUCAUUGUCACCACUGCUGACCAAAAUCUGCAUACGCCCAUGUACUUCUUCCUCAGGAACCUGUUCAUCUUGGACAUAUGCUUCAUUUUCAUCUCUGUCCCCAAUGCCUGUGUCAACGCUUUCACUCUCAACUGGGUCAUUUCAGUGACUGGUUGUGAAACACAAAUCUUCUUGGUAUCUUUGUGCAUACUUAGAUAUUUGAUUCUCUCCAUCAUGGCCUGGGACCGCUAUGUGGCCAUCUGCCAGCCCCUCCAAUACCCCCUCAUCGUGAACCCUCAGAUUUGUGUCCGCAUGACCCUGGCCACCCUGGUCAGUGGUCUGCUGUAUGCAGGUGUGCACAGGAACACAUUCUGGCUCUCUAUCUCCCAGUCAAACGUGGUCCCUCAGUUCUUCUGUGAUGUCCCCUCUCUGCUGAGGCUCUCCUGCUCUGACACCACCAGCAACAAAGUCCUUAUUCUUGUCCCUGCUGUGGUCAUUUGUGGUGGUUGCUUCCUUUUUAUUGCCAUGUCAUAUAUUUGCAUAUUUUCUGAUGUGCUGAAAUUUCCCGCCAGAGCCCCAGGGAAGGCCUUCUCCACCUGCACCCCUCACAUCUUCAUGGUGUCCCUCUUCCUCAGUUCUGGCUCAGGUGUGUACCUGAGGUCCUCAGCAACCUCUGACACACUCGAGAUCCUGGAUCUCUCUGCCUUUUACACCAUGGUUCCUCCCUUCCUGAAUCCUCUCAUCUACAGUCUCAGGAACAAACAGGUAAAGGAAGCUGUGACAAGAGUAACGGGAAAAGAGUUGUUCUCAGGGAAAUUAUGA